AUGGAUUUUAAGCCACUAAACCCACAAAAUUUACCAAGCGAAGCUUCGAAAGCUAUCAACUAUAUAGCAAGCUAUUAUGAAAACGUACACAAGUACUCAGUUCAAAGCCAAGUUAAACCUGGUUAUCUUCGAGAGAUGAUACCGGAUACUGCUCCGCCUUCGCCGCAGUCUCUAGAGCACAUUCUUGAAGACAUCGAUACAAAGAUUGUGCCUGGCUUAACUCAUUGGCAAAGUCCUAACUUCUUUGCAUAUUACCCCGCAAACGCAAGCAAUGCUGGUUUGCUGGGAGAAAUACUUUGCUCAGGGCUUAAUGUGGUGGGUUUUAAUUGGAUAUCGUCGCCUGCUGCCACUGAGCUUGAAGCCAUUGUUAUGGAUUGGAUGGGAAAACUUCUGAACCUUCCUCAAGAUUUUCUUUUCUCUGGCGGAGGUGGUGGUGUCAUGCAUGGUACUACAUGUGAAGCAGUAGUGUGCACUCUAGCGGCCGCAAGGGAUCGAGCCUUGAAGGUUCAUGGUGAAGAGAAGAUAACCAAAUUGGUGGUUUAUGCAUCAGAUCAAACCCAUUUUACUUUCCAAAAAGCUUCUAAACUUGUUGGCAUCCCACCUCAAAAUUUUCGAGUACUUGCAACUUCGUCCCAUACAGAGUUUGCAUUAUCACCUGACGUAUUAAGGGAGGCAAUGGAGGCUGAUAUAUUACAAGGGUUGGUACCUUUGUAUGUUUGUGCUACUAUUGGGGCAACCCCAUCAGGUGCUGUCGACCCCAUUGAUGGCCUUGCUAAAACUGCUAGAACUUUUGGUGCUUGGCUUCAUGUUGAUGCUGCUUUUGCAGGAAGUGCCUGCAUAUGCCCAGAGUAUAGACACUAUCUGAAUGGAGUGGAACUUGCUGAUUCAAUAAGCAUGAACCCACACAAAUGGCUCUUAUCAAAUAUGGGAUGCUCUUGCCUAUGGCUUAAGAACCCUAAAGUACUCGUUGAUUCUCUUUCGAGUAAGCCCGAAAUCCUCCGCAACAAAGCUACUGAAUUUGAAGAUGUAAUAGACUACAAGGACUGGCAGAUUGCUCUAAGUCGACGUUUCCGAGCCCUUAAACUUUGGAUCGUUAUUCGUCGUUAUGGCUCAAUGAAUUUGACAUCCCAUAUAAGAAGCGACGUAAAGAUGGCCAAGCAUUUUGAAUCCUUGGUUCAAAAUGAUAAGUUGUUUGAGUUGGUUGUGCCUCGAAAAUUUUCUUUGGUAUGUUUCAAGCUACGGUCAGUUUGUAAAGAGGAAGAUGAGAGAGUGAUAAAUCAGAAACUGUUAGAAUUUAUAAACUCAAGUGGCAAAGCUUACAUGACUCAUGCAAUGAUAGGAGGCACAUUUGCUAUAAGAUGUGCCAUUGGAGGCACGUUGACUGAAAAGUGUCACAUUGAUAGCCUUUGGAAAUUGAUUCAAGAGAAGGCUAUAGCUAUAAUUUACCCAGAAUCAAUGCAAAACUAGGAAAGUAUAAGAUUGUGUGAGAUUAUAACUUUAGUUAUAUAUUUUAGUAGAAAUAUCAAUAUGUCUUUGGAAGAUGGAAUAAGGUUAUGUAUAUGUGUAGUCGUCUUAAAUUGUUGGAGGCUAUUUCUAUUGUAACAUUUAGAACCCUAAACAUUAAUAAGUGUAUCUUUUUAUAAAUAAACAAUAAAGUUAAUUUUUUACAGUAUU